CUCAUUGUCAGCACUGCUGCUACUACACGAUUUGUCUGAACAUGGGAAGAGGAGAAGAAGAAGAAAAAGAAAAAGAAAAAGAAGAAGAAGAAGAAGACAUCGUCUGCUUGGACCUGUCGUUCUUCAUGAACGACAACUACGAGCUUACGACAUUCUCAUUCGGGUCUCAAGUUCUUCAGCUCUACUGCCUCCAAUCUGCUUCCACUGAUUUUGAUUUGACGGGACAGUUGGUUUGGCCUGGGGCAGUACUUUUGAACGAUUAUCUUGCAAAGAAUGCUGACAUCCUCCAAGGAUGUUCUGUUAUUGAGCUUGGCUCUGGCGUUGGUAUAACUGGAAUACUGUGCAGCAAAUUUUGUCGUGAAGUUGUGAUGACAGACCACAAUGAGGAGGUCCUCAAGAUCCUGAAGAAAAACAUCGAUCAUGUUUCUUCUGAUAUUUCCAUUCCUCAUGCUGGUUUAAAAGCUGAGAAGCUGGAAUGGGGCGAUACUGAUCAACUCAGUUAUAUCUUACAAGGGCAUCCUGAAGGAUUUGAUCUAGUUCUUGGAGCUGACAUUUGUUUUCAGCAGGCGAAUGUUCCUUUGCUCUUUGAUACUGUGGAGCAGCUACUCAAAGUUCGUGGUGGAAACAAAUGCAAAUUUAUAUUGGCAUACGUAUCACGAGCAAAAAUGAUGGAUGCCAUGGUCAUUAAUGAAGCAACUCGACGUGGUUUGCAGAUAAGUGAAGUAGCUGGGACACGAUCUGUGGUAAAAAAUCUUGAAGGGCUCAUAUUUGAGAUAAAGAUUAGGGAGUAGAAUUGGACUCUGACUACAAGAAUUCUCUAGCAAACUUGAGGAAGUCAGGUGCCUUCUGCUUUCCAACAAAGUUGUUAAAUUUUCAAUCAUCAUCGUGUUCUAGUUGUAUACAAAAAUGUAUUGCAAGUUUUGAUCAAGCAUAGGUUGUUUUUAAAACAUUUUCUUGAGUUCAACAAAAUAGCUGUUUUGAUUAAUGUUUAA